CAACUAAGCAAAGUGAGAAAGAAGUGAGUUAGAGCAGUAGAAGAAGAAACAAGUUCGAAAGGAAACAGAAAGAAGCAUUCAUCGAAUCAUGUCCAAAAACAAAGGGAAGAAGAAGAAAAAGAGCGAAAGCGACGAAGACGACGACGUUUUCUACUACCGCUAUAGCAGCGUAAACCCUAACCCUACUCAACACAAUCCCAAUUCAAAUCCAAAUCCCAAUUCAAAUCCCAAAACCAAUAACAAAGGAUCCUCGUCGUUGGCACCGUCCAAAUCAACGUUGUACGUUUCAAACCUCGAUUACUCCCUAACCAAUUCCGAUCUCCACACGCUCUUCUCCAAAUUUGGCCGAAUCGCGCGCGUCACGGUCCUCAAGGACCGCCACACGCGCCUAAGCCGCGGCGUCGCAUUCAUCCAGUUCGUUUCCCCCGACGACGCGCGCAACGCCGCCGCGCAGACGCACCGGAUGGUCCUCAAAGAUCGCACCCUCACCGCCUCUAUCGCCGCCGACAACGGCCGCGCGCCCGAGUUCAUCCGCAAGCGCGUCUACCGCGACACUGCCCGCUGCUUCGAGUGCGGCGCCGACGGGCACCUCUCCUACGAUUGCCCGCGGAAUCAUUUAGGCCCCCGCCAGCGCCCCGAGCCCAAACGCCCCCGUCGUGUGCCCCACCACCGCGAUGAUGACAACAACGACGGCGGGGAGGAUUCUGACGGUGGCGGAGCCGGUGCCCGGUUCGAAGAUGAUAAUUGGGCGUCCGUCGUGGAUGACGGCGCCGAUGAGAGGCUAUUGACGGGAAAGCGUGACGACGAUGCUGUGGCUGCGAAGAGUAAGAAGAAGAAGAAAGCCGGGUACUUCAGUGAUGAGAGUGAUGAUGAUGACUUUGAUGGUUGAGUUGGUGCAAUUGGAAACUUAGAAGCAAUUUUUUUUAUGCCUUUGGUGCUCUAAUCCAAUCACACUUGAAGUAUCAUUUUGAAGGUUAAUGUGAACUUUUAUUCUGUAGAUUGUUGAUAUGGAACUCUAAUUUUGAUUAGAAAACAACACUGGAAACGCCAAAUAAACUACAUGGUGUUACCUAUUUGUUUGAUGUUGAUGAGAAUUGAAUGGUGUUUAUUUAUGGUGUUGAUACUGUUCUCCUAUC